GCAACGGUUGCGCAGUUAAUCGCUAAGCGGAAUUCGCGCCUGAAGGAAGCGAGCCUCGCGGCGGAUUUCUUAUUGCGCAGUACGACGAGUUAUUUCACGAAGCGUGGUAAUUCAACGACGUGCCCGACGUCGGGUUCUUGACAAACGAAACGAGCGCUUUAUUUUCGAAGGCAGCAAGAAAAUCAUGGCAUUGAUAUCGAGAAACCUAUACCGCAACUGGUGGGAUGACAUAGACCGCUACCACCGCGAGAUAGAGGACCACUUCCGGAAGCUGAGUGUGCGCGACGAUGAUCUGUGGCUAUCGUCGGUCCGCGACAGGUUCCGGCCGUGGCGCAGCGUGGAGAACCUGGAACGCGAGAUAGGCGGCUGGGCGACGGUCGAACGCGACGAUAACAAGUACCAGGUAAUCGUGGACGUGCAGCAGUUCGCGCCGGAGGAGAUCACCGUGCGCACCGACGACCAGUGCAUCACCGUCGAGGCCAAGCACCAUCAGAGGAAAGACAGACACGGCUACGUGUCGCGACAGUUCAUACGCCGUUAUCUGCUGCCCAAGGGCUACGACAUCGGCCACGUGAAGCCCAGUUUGUCGUCCGAUGGUAUCCUGACCAUCACGGCGCCCAGACUGGCAUUACCGGCGCCAGGCGAACGAAUCGUGCCAAUUCGACGAAGCUUUUUGCCGGCCAUCAAGGCCAAGUAACGCGCUGAAAUGUUUCCGGAUAACGCGAAAGUAGUCCGGCGUCCGAGGGAUUAAUCCCAAAGACGUCGAAGGAUUCCGAAUCAUUUUAUUUUUACAGCCGCGAUCAUUCUUAAAGCCAAUAGUUUGCAGAGUUACGUGCCUGUAAUAACAAUCGGUAUCGCGACCUAGAAAGAGAUGGAGAGUUAAACACUGGCAGAGAAGAAAGUUAGUCGGUGUUUACAGUCUCUUGAAUGUUUAGACGACCUUCAGAUAUCUCUCUGCAAUAACUGACUCGCGUUAUUCGGCUUCCUCGCAAAUGUCUAUUAUGUAUGUACAACCGGUCAGUACGAUGUAUCGAUUUUGUAAACAUUUGUUGAUAUAUAUAUACGUAUACACAUGUAUCUAUAUCUAUAUAUAAAUGUGUAUUAAUGCAUAUACAUAUAUGUAUAAUAAUAUAUAAUUUUAUAUGUAUAUAUGCAUGAAUGUCUGUAUGUAUCAGCAUUGCACUCCUGUAUAUCAGAAACGAGUCACGAUUAUUAUUUGAACCGUAGCUUAAGAUUGAUAAAAAAAAAAGACUGCAGAAUUAAAUUUACAUACUAUUACGUUUAAAAUAAAGAUCCACUUCCAAUUGCGUACAAGAGCGGAAAUUAAUAGACAUCCAUCGAUUCCAUAAUUACGGCCGUGACUCAUCUUUCGCGCGUUUGAACUUCGAUAUUUAACGUAAUUAGCUAAUUGUAGAAAAUUGUACAAAAACAUACAUACAUAUGUAUAGUCGCGUUGUGUUGAUUAUUUUCUCAUAGCUUUAAAAAAACACGAACGUUAAUAAUAAUAGCUACUGUCAGGAAGCUUUACGACGCUGUUAGACAUUACAUCAUUCGUCUCGGCGAUUGCUUUCGAACGGUUCAUGCCGCCGUAACUCGCUAUUAAAAUGUAACAACUGCGUACGUUCUGUAGAGCUUGGCUUUAUUAUGUAAUCGUUCACUUAAUUUAUUCGUGUUAUCGUUAGCUCGACAAUUCGAUUUAGAACCCGUACUUAUAGAUUGUUUACGUAACAAUUCUUUUUUGGCAAGGAAUGCGUGUUGCAUAAAAUAUGUAUGAAUGAUAUAGAUAAAUCACGCGGUAUUAAUUAUUCGUCACUAUAGCCAGGAAGUAAGUUAGAAUUAUAGGCGAGAUAUUAUGUAAUGUAUUUCGUAUUCGUAUUUCGAGUUAGACGAUUGCAAUUGUGUUCAAGUGACGACUAAACACAUAUAUAUAUUCCAGAUUCAGUGUUAAUACAGUGAUUUUACUCUCGCGAUACCUUUCGCACAGUCAUUUGUAAUUUUAUUCGCUUUCUAUUACAAUUAAUGUAAUAUUUUGCUAAUAUUUCCUUCAAUAAAGGUUUAAUAUUAAUUUAA